AUGUUCCACCAUGGCGAGCGGAAGGGCUUGGAGAAUCAGCUUGGUUCCAACCACUGCUUUCUGAAUGUCGUCAUCCAAGCUCUUUGGAAUUUACAGGCGUUUCGGCAGCGCUUACUGUCCGAACCACAUUGGCACAGCACUCCGCAGAGCUGCUGCUAUUGCGAACUGAAGUCGCUCUUUCAGGACUACGCCCAGUCGCCCUCACAGUCCUUGCCGCCGGACGGCGUGCGACGCGCGCUGAGCAGUGUCUAUGCAGAGGCAGCCGCCGGCGGACGUUUUAAGAUUGGACGAAUGGAGGAUGCCAGCGAAACACUGGAAGCGAUCCUGGGCAUCUUACACGCCUCCCACAUGACGGAGAGUUUCGCAGCUCCUGCCAUACCUUUGAGCCUGGUCCAUGUGGAGCAUGCCAGCGCCUUCGGUUGCCAUCCGCUCUGCUUUGCCCAUGAUGUCUUCGGCAUCGAAUAUGUUGACGUCGCGCAGUGCAGCUUUUGUGGUGCGACGGGAGAGCCUUCGGUGGAAAGCUCCUUUCUGUACCGCGUCUAUGCCUCGGAGCUCCUGUCGCGGGCGCGGAGAGGAUCCGGUUUCAGCUGGACGGUUUCAGCUGGCGAGACGGAUCCCUUGGGUGCCCUUCACGAGAUCGUGGGCCGUGUGACCAGCACCUGGACGAGCUGGCGCGGUCCGCCUGCCACCUUGCCGGAACUCCUGCAUGAGCUUAACGAGGAGCCCACGCACCGUGGGCAGUGUACAGAUUGCCAGAACUCUGUGACCAGCUCUGUGCGUUGGCUGACGAGGAGGCCUCGGAUCUUUACGGUGUCGCUGGUGUGGCCCAGCGUGGCGCCCGCGGGCGAGGACAUUUGGGCGAUCCUCGCGAUGCUCAGACCACAUUUGAAGAUGGAAGAGAUCUUCCAAGUCCCAGGCAAUGACCUGGAGAUGUUUUACAGCUUUCAUGGAAUGAUUUGCUACAAGAACAACCAGCACUAUGUGGCAUUGUUUUGGUGCCAUGCAAAAGAGCGCUGGAUCUUUUUUGACGAUCGCAAAGUCGAAGAGAAAGAGGGCUGGACAUCCGUGGCCAACUUCUUGUGGACCGGCGGAUAUCUUCCGACCCUCCUCUUCUACGAGCGCAGCGAUCGCUCUGACGUGGUCUGCGCUGAGCUGUCCAAAGAGCUUGGAGUGGCGAAUGUGGGCGACUCGCGCGCCGUGUCGAUCGACGGCUCGGCAGGCACCCAGCGCUUGUCGAUGGACCAUCGUCCCUCCGAUCCGGCAGAAGCCCGGCGCGUACGGGAGGAAGGUGGUUUCGUGACCAUGGGACGGGUCGCAGGCGAGUUGGCCAUCAGCCGUGCCUUGGGCGAUUUGCUGCUGAAGAGCUCAGGCCUCAGCUGCCGCCCUUCGGUGCGCGCACACGACGCCAAGCGCGACCUCGCGUUGGUUGUGGCCAGCGACGGACUGUGGGACUUUGUGGAGGAGAAGGCGCGGCCGCACCGCACGCGACAGCAGGUGUGA